AUUGUCUCCCUAUCACUAACAACAGUGACACACACACUGACACAUAGACACAGGCCCAGGAGACAGAGGAGGGGAGGCUGGGUGACUGGUGACCUCCAGGACAGGUGCAAAAAAUGGCCUCAACAUUCCCCCCAAAGCUCAGCCCCCAGCUGAUGACCCCAGAUCCCCAUUAUAUCCCAGGGUAAGUGAAUUUGGUUGGGAGAUGGCUUAUAUAGGUAAGCAAGGUGCUUUUCAAAUGGGUUCACUAUAUCUCAGGUGUUUACCUAUUAAUUAAUUAAUUGUGUUUGUUUAUUUUUAGGUAAAAUUAACAUUUAAAAUGAAAUACUAUAUUUUAAACACUGCACUUGAAAGUAUGAAUUCUGAGUAUGAAAGAGAUAAGAAUGAUGCUCACUUUGUAAAAACAUUUCCAUUUUGCUGCAGGUGAAGUUCCAUCAGCUAGCAGGCUUGUUAGAAUGUACUAACACACCCACAUAUUUUAUGUUUUAUAAACACCAAUUCGAUGUUCUUGAUUACUUACAUUUAAAAAGCAUUGUGUCUAAUGAAAUGAGCCAAUUUUCAGAUGGAUUCCUCAAUCCUAGUUCAUUUUUAACACAUUAACAUUAACCCCUUAAGGACACAUGACAGAAGUUUGGUCCUUAAGGGGUUAAAGAAAUCAUGCUUAUGGGGUUGGUUGAUCUGAUUGGAGUGGGUUACAUACCAUUGUACUCAUGUAUGCAGUAUCCCCAUUCAUUGCUACCCGAUGUUACAAUUCUUAAGAAUCAGACACACAUACCAAUAAUCCCUGAUCAUGCGAGACAGUCCUGAUUUGUGACCCAUGUUUCACUAUUCCGUGGGGGAAGGGGAGGAUUUACCUUUCUAUAGGUUACCAAGCCACCAUGACAGACUGAGAAUGUGAAGAUAUGCAUUGCAACAAAAAAAGCCACCUGCCUGGGGCACACAUUGGCAUUUGCUGUAGGACUCUCAAGAAUGCUAGGGCUUUGAAAAUGCCUCUUUUGUCCCCAGAUUCCAAGUGGCACAGGGCCCUGAUUUUCCUAUAACACGAGAUUAGGUGAGCUUUUCUUAAAGUGCCUCCAGUUAAAUUGUUUACAUCCAGAGAAUAUGACUCCAAUACAUCUAACACACUGACACAAUGUUUAUUGAUACUAAGAAUACAUGUAUUAAAAUAAUGGCUUAAUUUGACUACGAGUCUAUGAUACAGUCUCUAAAAAGUUUAAUCAAUAAUGAGGUAUAUACAUGUAGCAGCCACUGAGUACCAGCCUUCGUAACAAAGAGCCAUGAUUUAAACACCCCUCUUGGAUCUACCCAACGUGUUCCUCUAGGUAAGUAAAGUGUGCUCUAGGUAAGUAAAGUGUGCAAUGCUAGUGCUCUUAAAGUGACAGACGCUUUUGCUGAGGAUAAAACGUGUUCCUCUAGGUAAGUGUGUGCAAUGUUAGUGCUCUUAAAGUGACAGACGCUUUUGCUGAGGAUAAAACGUGUUCCUCUAGGUAAGUAAAUGUGUGCAAUGUUAGUGCUCUUAAAGUGACAGACACUUUUGCUGAGGAUACUCGCUGGUCUUGUUAUAGCAAAGUAAAAUAGUCUGAGAGUUUAAUUUGUACUUAGUGGUCAGGAAUCCCCCUUUAAAAUGUUCUUUUCAGAAUUAGAGCAGGGAGCAGUGAGAGGACAUGUGCAUAUUCGUCUUACUGGCCCUUGAUGGAGGGACACAUUCCCUGCUAGAACCCCACCUUGUUACAAUGUAUCUAGAAGCAGUUGGAACUGUUAUAGCUCGAGCUGCACAAUUCAUGUUUCCCCAGGACAUUAAUAAUGGCUUUUAAACAGCUCAUGUUCCAAAUCUCCUCACACUGAUUAGCUGGGAGGCUUAUAUUCCAUGACAAUAUAAUGCAGAGUCAGUGGCUGGUAAAACGACAACUUAAACCAACGAAAGGGAAAACUACGAGACCAGCGAACACAAACAUAUCAGGUUGGUCAUACAGUGAAUAUCACCUGAUAUCUUCCCAGGCAGGGACAUGGCCAAAAGUAAUUGAUCUGGUUAUGUUCCAAUGAAGAGGGGGAGCAGGCUGCAGGUGUGGUAGGUUACUAGGUAUGUGUGUUUGUAUUUUGCUCUGUAAAUAUCUCCGGAUAUAUUGUCUUUCUGGCUGCAAGCCUUGUCUUUGUGUGUGUGUACCAGUCUCCACAGCAACAAGUCACACACUAUAACUAAGGCCCUUGAGGAUUGUAUCUCUUGACUGUAAGCUCUGAGCAGGAUCCCCAUCUACCCAUUGUUCCUGUAACAUUUUGCAAUUGUCUCCUAUAUUAAUUGUAAUAUUGUAAAGCACUGCGGAAUAGGUUGGCGCUAUAUAAAUAUCAAUAAUAAUCAUAACACAGAAAUUACAUAGGAGAAGCCACUGUAACACUUUGAUAGCUUCACUUAAAGGACCACUAUAGGCACCCAGACCACUUCAGCUUAGUGAGGUGGUCUGGGUGCCUGGUCCAGCUAGGGUUAACACUUUUUUUUAUAAACAUAGCAGUUUCAGAGAAACUGCUAUGUUUAUAAAUGGGUUAAUCCAGCCUCUAAAGCCUCUAGUGGCUGUCUCAUUGACAGCCGCUAGAGGCGCUUGCGUGCUUCUCACUGUUGAGAAGACACACGCGUCCAUAGAAAAGCAUUAUGAAUGCUUUCCUAUGAGACUGGCUGAAUGCGCGCGCAGCUCCUGCCGCGCAUGCGCAUUCAGCCGAAGAGGAGGAGGCGGAGAGGAGUAGGAGAGCUCCCCGCCCAGCGCUGGAGAAAGGUAAGAUUUUUUUUCCUCUCCCCAGAGCAUGUUUUCUUGGCACUAUAGUGGUCCUUUAACCCCUUCCCGACAAAAAAAUCGUCAUUAAUGACUGCCGAAGUACCUGUCACCUCUGAUCCCAAAUAUCCACUUACCUGAUCGCUGGCGAUCCCCCACAAGCAAUCCUCCGCCAGCGAUCGCGAUAUGGGUCUUGCCUGGCAUCCCAGGCAGUUCCCCAACAGCAUUCCCCCCCCCCCCCCCCCUGCUUGGGGUGGAGGAGGGGGGCAUAUGUUUAACAACCCCCCUCCUCCACCCCAGUCCAGUGCAGCUGUUGAUAUACCUCCUCUUAUAGGUAGUCAGUAUAUUUAUUUUUUGUAUUACUGACUUGCCAUCCAUAUUUAUUUAAAUUUCUGGAUAGAAUUAUGGAUAAAUAAAUAACUUUUUAAAGCAACUUCUCUUAUUGCAUUUCUCUUUGUUGAAGUGUUCAGUUUUUGAACCAUAUUUUGAGUUCUUAAGAGUCCAUACAUGCUGCUUAUGGUCAGUAAAGGUGGGUGAUAUACUGGAUAGUGAAAACAAUAAUAAUUAAUCAAAUCUGGCUAUAGUUAAUCACAUUUUGAUCAAAUAGACCAACUUUAAAAAAUCUCCAAUAUGGCUGUUGUUACAGAUUCACUAUUAUCUCCUAUUAUGUGCAAAUGUGCAUUUUCAUUGUGUACUGUUCACAAUUCCCUAAUUACUUCAUUCCUUGUUUAACUCUUUGUGGUGUUUAUUAAGGAUGGAAUAUCAUUCAACAUAGCAAACAUGACACUAUAUUUCCCAUAUGUUGAUAACAAUCAUUGCAUUCAAAUACACAGGUGUAAUCAAACUAACUUUACUUAAUAGAUUGUGAGCUCCUCUGGCCAGGGCCAUCUUCAAACUUGUUUUGUUAGAAUUACAUGUUUGUCUUUUUCACCAAUUGUACAGCACUGCGGAAUAUGUUGGUGCUAUAUAAGUAACUGUAAUAUGUAGAGUUGUUUGUUAUGUACUUAAAAUAUGUUUAAUAUUUAUUAUAUUUACCUUUAGGUACAAUCUGUACAUACAUUUUUGUUUGUCAUAUAGUGUUCCCUUAAUCUUAAUUACUUACACACUUUGUCUUCCCAAUACAGGUAUGGUGGCUUCUGCCCUCAGUACAAGUUCAACCAGGGGAAAACCUAUGGAAAGCUCACGUCUCAGUUACUGACUAAUCCUGAUAUCAGGCACUCGGGACAGUUAGUUCUCCAAUCAUGUGCCUUUCCACCUUCCCGGACGGACAUUAAUAGGGAUCAUCCAGAGAAGUUAAUCAGGAGAAGAAGCCUGGGAGAUAAGAAACUCAGCCGUAGCUUGAUCCCAGGAUAUACAGGUAUUAAUACAUCCGAUUAAGUCACCCAGUUAUACAGAGCUGGCAAAAUGUACACUUAGAAUGCAUGACCUAAGAACAUGUUCACACAUACAAUUACAUGCGCACACACAUGCACAAAUUAAUAUAUAGACGUGUUUUUCAGAAAAAGAAAACAGUGCAGUUGUGUAGUGGUUCAGAGUGAUCAUGAUGUAUAUAAUUAAUUAUUGCGACCAGAAAUGUUACUUUGUAAUAGAUGCACCAAACCAGAGACGUAACUAGAAAACACCUGGCCAUGUUGCAUAAAUUGCCCUGCACCCCUCCUCCUAUGUGUCUCGUUCCAUCACCCCCAGCCCCAUCCAUGUGUCUCAUUCCCUCAACCCAGCCCCUCCAUGUGUCUCAUUCCCUCACCUGCAGCCCCUCCAUGUGUCUCAUUUCCUUAACCCAGCCCCUCCAUGUGUCUCAUUCCCUCACCUGCAGCCCCUCCAUGUGUCUCAUUCCCUCACCUGCAGCCCCUCCAUGUGUCUCAUUCCCUCGACCCAGCCCCUCCAUUUUUCUCAUUCCCUCGACCCAGCCCCUCCAUUUUUCUCAUUCCCUCAACCCAGCCCCUCCGUGUGUCUCAUUCCCUCACCUGCAGCCCCUCCAUGUGUUCCAUUCCCUCCUCCCCACAGCCCCUUUAUGUGUCUCUCUCCCCUUCCUUCGUGUGACUGCUCACCAACGCGGUACCCGACUGAUCGGAACUGCUCUCUCAGUGAGCACUUCCUGUCAGACCGCUCGGCCACACUACGCACAGUGGCAGGAGGGGAGCAGCACAGCACAGCGCUCCCUUCCUGCUGGUUACCCAACAACUGCAGGGGUUACAGCUGUGGCCAAGCCCUCAGGAGUGACGGGCCGGUUGGAGCUGCAACCAUAGUAGGUACACCAUGAGCAAGAGCAUCUAAUGAGACUCUCACGUGACCAUGUGUGGAGUGCUUGAACAGGGAACCAGUCUGCUUGAUUGGCAGUCAGCCUGGUGUGCAUUCACUUUCAUUCAUUUUAUUUUUGGGAUUUUACAAUACUAAUUCAAGUAGGGGGUCUUUAUGCUAGUUAUAAGAAGGAAGAAUUGGCUCAGAAUCAUUAUUGGGUUGUAGACAGGAUUUGUUGCCCCACUCUUUAGUGCCCCUCAUAUCGCUGCUGCAUAAUACAUUCACAGAGAAUGGAUCAGAACGGAAUUCCAAAACGCCUCUUAAAUGGGCAAUGUCAGAGAACACUCUGCAAACCGUUUCCUUAGAGCUGUAAUCAACUCAUCGUAGAAACACAAAGUCUGAAAAUGCUGUGACUGUGUUCAUCAUAAUACACAAUUAUUACACCGAACGCUGCAUACAUUAGAUCCUACAACUCUGCGGAAAAACUAUAAUUUAAUUUUGCACGUGACGUGGUUACUUAGAAUGGUAACGUAGUGAACAUUUGAUUAAUUUUCAUUCUUUUGUGCACCGACGGUACCGCAAUUACUGCAAAUUGUCCAUAAGAUGAUAAAUCUGCUGAUGCAGGGGUAGUUAACCGAUCUUGGCAGGAGACCAUUCUGCCUAAUUAGCUGAAAUACCUGCUCUGAGACGAACUUCUUUAGAAGAAGGCAUUGAAUGUUACAGACUCUGCAUAUCUAGCAUAAUUGGUUGCAGAUGAUUUACCUAACUGGAGUUCUAAUGGUCUAAUGGCUUGCUCACUGCAAAUAGGAAAGCACUCCAGUAUAAACUAGGUAGAAAGCCAUUGUGUCUAUUUUUCACAGAAGCCUGAUGUUGAAAUUGUACAUGGGCCAGCUCAUAAGAGGCUGAGAAAUUCUAUUAAUACCACAGGGAAUCCAUUGCUGAGUAAUUCCUAUGCUCAGAGUGUGAAAUUGAAAUAUGAUGCAAACAAUGUAUAAUUGCCAGUCCUAAUUACGAUUUCAAUGAUUAUCUGUGUGAAUCCAGUCCAGAUAUGUUCACUAUAUUUUCCCACUUCCUGCUUACGUUUUUGCAUGGAUGUGAUAUAAUCCAUUAAUCCCUGGUGGUCCACCUUGGGCUCCCAUAAUAUCCCUGGUGGUCCAGUGGGGAGUGUGUGGUCUGCUCUUGCAGCUGGUACAGACAACAUGCUCCCUAUUGCCUACGGUCAUGGUGGGCAUGAGGCAGUCCUUUAUCUGGGUCACCGGCAGCUCAUAGGUGGAUCCUGAGUUCUUGGCUCUUACGAUGGUCAUAUUUUUGUUAUAUAUUUUUGAGAGAAGUGAUGGGGGAUAGAAAACACGCAUCUAGGUCUGAGGAUUUUUGGGCCUUUUUUCAGGGCAGUUUGGUGAUUCCUGGAUCCUAGAGUCUAUGUUUCUAUGUUUACAAGCCUUAAAGUAACACUUUGGGCACCAAUAUAACUUAAGGUGGCUCUGUCACCAUCUGGGGUCUUUGCAUAACCUGCAAAGACCCCUGACAAUGGCCAAGAGGUACAGGGGAGGGUGAGUUAUACUUACCUGAACCUGUCUCUUGUGGCAGCUGCCAUUGUUUCCUAUGGGUCCUCAUCAGCUCCUGACACUUCACCUGCCAGGAGCCAACGUCUAUCCAACUGCAAGAUAGCGGGAUCAUUGACAAAACAUUUUCUCAGUCGCCACUAGUGACGGCUAAAGACAAGGCUUAACAAAAGGUAGCUCCUCCUUUUUGUCAACCAUAGGAAAAAUACUAAGACAAAGUAGUCCCUGCGUUGUCUCAGUAUAUCUAUUGACUGGAUUUGAAAUUCUGUGACAUUUUAACACAGUCAACCUGAGGAUUUUAUAUUUAUAAUAUACUCAUUUUGGAGAGGGGGAGUUGUGACAGUGCCGCUUUAAAUGCAUUUGACCUCAUACUCACACUGUGGUUUUUGCCGAUUUCAAAUCUCUUUUCUAUUGCUUAAAAAUAGAAUUCUGAUGACAUGUUUAGCUCAUCCAUUAAGAGAUCAGAGUGAUUGUGAAGAAAUACAGAAUCAGUACUUAGAAAUUUAAGUCCUACACUACUAGCCAUGCAAUUUUGGUCCAUGGUAUACUUGUCAGGGGUGAAUAUGCACUGAGGAUAGUUUUGCCAUGCACAGCUUAUAUAAGAGACCAAAUCUAUCAAUUGCACUUAAAGGAACACUAUAGGGUCAGGAACACAAACAUGUAUACCUGACCCUAUAGUGUUAAAAACACUAUCUAGCCCCCCUUCCCUGCCCCUGUAAAUAUAGUAAAAUCUUACCUUUAUUCCAGUAUGUUAGUGCUGGCUCUGCUCCUGAUCUGCCUCCUUGGCUGACAUCAUCAGAAAUGAUGAUCUGAGCCAAUCAAAAUGCUUUCCUACAAGAAAGAAUUGGAUUGGCUGAGAUUGCUACUUCUGAUGACCUCAACCAAGGAGGUGCCCCCAGCCAAUCACCAUCUCCUCAUAGAGCUGAAUUGAAUCAAUGCAUCUCCAUGAGGAAAGUUGUGUCACCAUGCAGAAGGUGGAUACACUGAAAUGUCAGUGCUGCACACAAUGCUGCAUUGACCCAGGAAGCACCUGUAGUAGCCAUUUGAGGAGUGGCAAGUGGAGGUAUCUCUAGGCUUUAAUGUAUUUGUUUUCUCUUAAAAGACCGUGUUUACUGCAAAAAGCCUGCAGGGACUGACUACACUCACCAGACCAAAUACAAGAAGCUGUAGUUGUUCUGGUGACUAUAGUGUCACUUUAAGUGAUGUUGGUGCCUGGACUGUCCUUAUAAGACCGUAGUAACCUUGCAAUCAGUUGUAGAAAUUUCGUGGUAAAGCAGUAAUAGGUGAUGUGAUUCUUUAAGUUAAAGCUGCUGAACGGGGGGCGGAGCUAGCUGCGGACCAGCAAAGACGCAUGGUGAAUAGCUCCGUAUUAACAUAAAGCAAAAACCCGAUCAAACGGUGGAAAUUGGGCACAUAGCUUCCCUAAACCUUACCAACAGACCGAGGAGAGGAUAAUGGGCAAAAAAAAUAAGAAGCCACGACCGGACAGAACCCCCCUUAGCCACGACAUCGGAGAACUCCUGCGGAACUCGCAAAAGGCCGCAUGGGGCGCUGGGGGAGGAAGACUACUCAGACUCCUCAGGAGACUUCUACCCGGACCUGGGAGAAGGCGCUUUGGCUGACCAGCCCGCAGGGCUCAAGCCCAAAGCACCACCAGCAGAGGAACCGAUUACAGCAACCCUGCUAACUAAAAUGUUCACAGAGCUCAGAAGGAUCUACCUACUGACCGCACACACUUCAAGGAGGCCUUGGAAGGGGCCACCACAAGGCUCACUCAUUUGGAGACGAAAGCAGACAAUCAUGACACAAGACUACACAAUCUGGAACAAAAAAUGUCAGCCCUCCACACACAACAAGUGGGCACGGUGGAGAAGGUGGAGGCCUUAGAAGACCAAAGACAGAGGACCAACUUAAAGGUCAGAGGGGUACCUGACGAUAUAGUCACUAUGUGAGACGCCUAAUAGCAACACUACUGCAACCCAAGCAGGCCAAACUCGUGAAGAUUGACGGACUGUUCCGCUUGCCCAAACCAUCAACUGCACCCCCGACCGCCACGGCAGACAUUAUAGUAAGAUUCCAAACCCAACAGGACAAAUCUGCAGUCAUGGCAGCGGCCCGAGGGAAAACCCCUAUAUCAUUUGAAGAAUCUCAACUACUAUUAUUCUCUGAUAUAACGAGAGGAACUCUAAACUGGCAGAAAUCACUUCAACCCAGUUUACUACUCCUGAGGUCCAACAACAUCCAGUACCACUGGGGUACCCCACGUCUCAUAACCUUUACCUCCCGAGGAACUCUGUACCGUGCUAGGAGCCCACAAGAACUUGCCACUCACCUGAGCCAACUGGGUCUGACGGCACCGCUUCCAGAACCCACAACCUCACUGUCCAGGCUGGACCCUACCACCGCAAGGGAAUUUAUACCCAGGUCGUCCCAGCGUGCCAAACCAGCAGGCAACAUCACCUGAACAGGCCACAAUGCGAGGACACCCCUCCUUCCAAUGGGAAGCACCAGACUCCGCCACUAAAAUCAGUGACUAUACUCAUCUAGUUAAAAAUUGUUCUUACUAUAGCUAAAAACUGUUUCUUGCUUACACCAUACUAAUGUAAAUUGUUUUCUGCUCACACCAUACUAGUGUAAACGGUUCAUUGCUUACACCAUGCCAGGGUAAAUUGAUCUCCGCUCACGCCAUAGUAGUGAGAAAUGCUCUCUGCUUACACCACACUAGCAUAAAUUGUUUCCUCUUUGUACCAUACAAGUGUAAAAUGCUCCUGCCUACACCAUGCUAGAGUGCAACAAAAGAGACCAAGACCUUUUACCCUGGACACCCAAGCCCGUUCAAAGUUUUAGAUACUCAUCCCCACCUAUUACGUGGCUACCGAAAAUAGAAGCCCAUCCGGGCAUUGGCCCUGACUACCCCCCUCCAUGUACAAUACAGCUUAGCAAUCAGUAUGAUCCAUAGCCAAGUACCAUUGGAGGGGGACCCAUCCCAAACCUGGAGCACUUCAGCAUCUGAGAGUUAGGAAUAUUUACCAAACAACAGUAUUACUCUUGUGCCCAGGGGACCGGAGCCACGUUGUGCUGUAAUAAUGCCUUACUAUGCCUUCACAGGCAACCAACUAACACUCUAGGUCACCAGUUGCCUGAAUCAUCUACAUUUGUUGAACCCUUCAUAUGUUACCAAUCCUGAUUUCUUAAAAAACAAAAGUGCAAUGUUUCUUAAACCACACUAAUGUUAAUGUAUGCAUACAUGUCUGUUCGUGCCAGCUGUUGUGGCAGUACAAACAGGGUUGUUCACAAUGAGCACAAAUAAAAUAAAGAAUUAAAAAAAAAAAAGCUGCUGAACAACUGCUGUUUAAAAACCAAAACAACUAUUAACAUGACUUUUAUACCAUCUUUCUCUUCUAAUAAAGGCAUUUAUAGAGUUCAAGCCAGCAUUAUUAAUGUAUAUGUUGUUUAUUGAUCUGAUUGUCCUCAGGAUUCGUUCCCAAGUCUCAGAACUUCUUUGCCAAGACUUUCACAGAAACCAGUAAGGAUGCCGUGGCUGACUUCCAGAGGGACCAGCUCAAGAGUGAAAAUAAGCGACAGGAGCAGACUGUGCUGUAUAAACUUCAGACCGGUAAAGAGCAGCCUCAUACGGAUUAUGAGAAGAAGGUGAGUGCCUCACUCCAAGUACAAGAGUUAGGUUGGUGAUUCACAAGGUUUAUGAGAAGCAGGUUAGUACCACACACUAAGAAAUGGAGGUUAGUAACUCAUACUGAGUCCUAAAAGCAGGUCAGUACCCUAAACAGAUACAAAAAACAAGUCCUGGGCGGCAGUAACGGCCAUAUUACACAUCAGCCCAAAUACAUAAAGUAAAAACCAAAGAAAAAAGUUACCUGGGCUCUUUCCCAAAUCCCUAUGUAUAUUUAAACAAAUGGAGGUUUUUAGUUACCUCCAAUGGCCAUGAGAGGGAAUGCCCACCUGCCACGUCAAGGCAAAUUUCUCAGGUGAGUCCUAACUCUAACCAUUCACCUUGCUUCCUUGAGCUUCUGGCAAAGAUCUCUAAUGAGACAGAAAGUGGUAUUUUUUAUACAUAGUACUUCAUACUUAAAUGUACACACUAAGAACCAAAAACAACUUUAUCUUAAUAAGUGGAUUUGGUGUACAGAUCAUGCCCUUGCAGUCUCACUGCUCAAUUCUAUGCCUUUAGGAGUUAAAGAAACACUAUAGUGUUAGGAAUACAAAACUCUAUUCUUAGCACUAAAGUGUCCCUCUGCCUCUGUGCCCACCAAAACCAUGAAAGGUUAAACAGCCCUUUAAACACUUGCCUGAUUCCAUUACUGAGGUCCCUCGGCACUGGGUUGGGCCUCCUCUGAAGGCAUGCGCGUGCACACUAAGCCUUGCCCAUAGGAAAGUAAUGACUCAAUGUUUUCCUAUGGGGGAUUUGAAGACGUUGACCAUUAAAGUUCAACUCUGUGAUACAGCAGGAAGUGCUAGAUGCAAUCUUAACCCUGCAAUACAAAUAUUGCAGUUUCUCUGAAACUAGAGUGUUUUACAUUACAGGGCUAAGGGGACAGGGACACUGCACCCAGAACACUUCAGUGAGAUGAAGUGGUCUGGGUGCAAAUGGACAGCAUGGUCACCAAAACAACUUUAACUUAAUUAUGCAGUUUUGGUGUAUUGAUUAAUUUCCUGCAGCUUGUUGGCUAUUUAGAAGUCAAUUCACUUUUGUUUCUGUCCUUGCAGCCCUAGCUACAUUUACAAUCAGAUGGUAAUUUACUUUAGAAGUUUUUAUCUCCUGCUUUGAAAUAUUGAUCUUUAAAUUGAACUCUGUUAAUAGCCGGCUAGAGCCUGUAACAGACUCUUGAGUGUGAUUAAAGUUCAUUAACAGAGCAGGCAAGAUAGGCGUGCGCACAGGGUGUGCAGGUUGCGCCCUAAUCUAGCCAGAACCCUUUUAAAAAAAGUAGAUUCAUUAAUACAUGUCAAAUAAACAAAGUACAUUUUUUAAUAUAGUUUUACUAAUUUCAUUGCGCAUGUUCUCCCCCCCUGUAAUUGGUACAACCGGGACUCGAGUUAGAACAGCAUUGUGUUAUGUGACUUGUCUAUUCAUUCCUGUGGGACUUCAGGGGAGUGAUUUGUUUGUCCAGAGUACAGCGGAGCUAAUGUAGAGAGGUGAGCUUGAAAAGAGAAGGUUGCUGGUCGGGGCCCACUGCCACCUGAAGUGAGCAAGUGUGACUCUGUCUGUGAUUACCCACCAGCCUCAAACAUUCUUCAUUCAGCCUCUAUUCCCACCACACACUACAGUCAUGGCUAUAUUAAAACAUGGGUAUGCUGGACAGUUACUCUGGGGCCCCGCGAGCAUAGGGGUCCCAUAGCCUUGCCAACUUUUCAUUGUAUUAUUAAACAAGGCUGCUGCCCAUGUGCUCCCUAUUAAGGGUUAUUAAGUAUGUCGGGGUUUGGAAAAAUACCCCUCUUUGUCUCAUGAGAGAUUUCUGUUACCUAAUGCUGAAAUAAGCAAGGUGAAUUGUUAACCUUGACGUGGCAGGUGAGCUUAAACUUAAAGGGAAACUAUAGUGCCAGGAAAAUAAAAACCCCCUCCAGUGGUGCAGAAGGGAUUAAAAAACCCUUCUAAAACUUUCCUGAUUCCAGCGGUGGGGGAGAUCUAAUGUGCAUGCAUGGCGAUGGUCGCUCUCGCAUUUGGACUUCCCCCACAGAGUGAUGCUGCAUGUCCCCACGCAUAGCGUGAGGACAUCCAGCGUCCAUUAGGCGACCAAAAGUCGCCUAACGACCCGGUAGUCCCUUUAGUGCCUGUAUACAGCCACUAGCGGUGGAGUUAACCCUGGCAGGUAAUUAUUGCAGUUUAUUAAAAAAGGUUAAGGGGCCUGGGACACUGCACCCAGAUCACUUCAAGGAACUGAAGUGGUUUUGGUGCAUAUAGUUAUUUAAAUGUGCAGAGAGAUUUGGGAUAGUGCACAAGUAACUCUUUUAUUUGAUGAUUACUAUAGUCAUUCCUGCCACCCAGGAGUAGUGGGAGUUUGAGCGUGGGACUUAUUUUUGUAUGUAGUGUGUGUUUGUUGUGUGCUGGCUGAAUGCAAUGUGUGAUGUGUGCUGUCUGUAUGUUGUUUGUGUAUGUUUUAAAACUAUCCUGACUUUCUGUAUACCCUAAUGAAAUGUAGGCAGGCGAUACAAACUUCUAAAGUAUAACUUAUACACAUUGUGCUGUAAACAUGAAACCUUCUUUUGAGGACACUCGGUGAGUCACAGCCAGGGGAAGUGUGCCCUCUGUGGAUGGUUUUACAAAACUCUUUUCAAGUGUUUCAGUCUCGUCUAGCGGUGAAUGUGUCAGUCAGGUGGUAUGGGUAUAUGUAAAAUAAUCUGUAAACUACCUCACACUCAAGACUUGAUUCUAGAAAAGGUGAUCCAAUCCUCUAUUUCUUCUAUAUUUUCAGCUCCUCAAAUCCAAGUACAGGACUCCACUCCCAGUUCUGUGUAAAGAACCAGCUCAAUUCCAUUCUUCCGCUGCAUUCGAGUCACAGAUCUCUCCCUACUACAUGGAAGACGAAAACCCCCACAAGUAUUUCAUUUCAGGUGAGAAUCUGAGUCUGUUCUCGGUGAGCAAUAUCCACCUGGUUUAAGAUACAGAUGGUACAUUAAUUACUUGGUUGUCCCACAUGUUCUAGCUGACAACCUGGGCUAUGAUCGAGAAAGUGAGGCCCUGAUACAAAUCUAAACCCCUGUUGUUUUUCUGGACUCAUUCCUAAUCCCAAACCUUUAGAUGAUUGUUGUCCAGAUAUGCUCAGCAUGCUGUAUAUAAGAAAUCAAAGCACAUUUUACCUAAUUCCCUUUAUGGCUGGAUUUGUAGAAAAUGCUUUUGCUGUUCUAUUUCUUCAAUUUACAGCAACCCAUGGCCUACUAAACUCACAGCACCUUGAUUAUGCCACCUAGAUAGUAGGCAAGUUACAGGCUGCCUUUGAGAUGAACAGUCACCCUCCAAAAUAAUCAGUGGUAGGCAAGCUUCGGCACUCUAGAUAUUGUGGAGUACAUCUUCCUUAAGGCUGUUAAGAGCAUUAUGGGAAAUGUAGUCCACAACACCUGGAGUGCAUGCCCUUGAUGUUAGAUCUUUGGAGGCCAUGUUAACACUCUUAAAUUAUUUUCCACAACAUAUUAUCCUAUUCUAGAUAUUGAUUGCAGCCUCGCCAUCAUGCUAGCUGCCCUAUGUCAGUUCUUGCUCUGUAUGGCCUACUAAAAUCACAGCACCUUGAUUAUGCCACCUAGAUAGUGGGCGAGUUACAGACUACCUUAGAGAUGAACAGUCACCCUCCAAAAUUAUCAGUAGUAGGCAAGCUUCGUCUAAGACUAAGUCUUUUAAACAUACGUGUUUAAGCAUAUUUUAAUGUUAGUUACUUCUGAUACUCUUAUCUACUGUUCUGAAGGUUACAUGGGAUAUGUCCCUCGUUCGCGUUUCCUCAUUGGCACCGGAUAUCCAAUCUCCACCAACAAAGCCAUUGUGGAGUUUGGGCACAUGAUUUCAAAGGAGAACACGAGACUGAGUGAACUCAAAGAACCCAAAGAAAAGAACAACCUUCGCUCUAACCAGAGCCACAUCUACCUAGAGGAACUGGGCUUGCUGCCCCGAUAUACUGGACACGUACCAGGUUAAGAUCUGUAUCCCAUUUAUUUGUAUUUUACCCGGUACUGUAAUUUGUUUCUAACUUGGUGAUUUCUGACUCAGUUAUGCAUGAAUUACAUAAUUAAACCAUAACUCACUGUUUAUUGAAUAAUCCCCAUUAGAGUCUUAGUAGACAUUCUGUUUCAAAUAAUGUAAAAAAUUGUUGAGUGUGGCUGGUUUUAAAUAAUCUCUAAAGUUUUGUGUGUUUCUAGUGUUUGUCAUCUCGAAGUUAUAAAGAUUCCAUUCUCUCCACGGAGGUUUUCCUAUGUAGUCAGAGGUGUAACUAGAAACCACGGGGCCCCGGUGCAAAAAUUGCCCUUGGGCCCCCCGUACGUCUACCCCCCGCCACCCUUCCCCCAUACAUCUACUGUCCCCAGGGCCGGUGUUCUAUCAAAUUCCCCUACGUCGUGAAAAUCCCCUACCCUAGUCACUUCCGGUGAGGGGAAUCAGCUGGAUCCUGUGCUGCACAUGCGUGCUAGCACUCCUGCUACUCCUCCACAGCAAGGUCCUGGAAGGUAAGUAAAACUAGUUUUACACUUUCAUUAUAGUUAGUGCAUUCACUAAGCUUAGGCACACGGGACAUUUAGGGUUAAGUGAGGGUUCAAAUUAGGGUUAGGUAAGUCUAACCUCUCUCACACUCUAUUCUUACCCUAACCCUUGGAGUAGGGGUUAAAAUAAAGUGUGAAAAAGCACAAUUUAGUGAUAUUCCCCUAAUGUGAAAUAUCACUAAAUAUGAACAAGUCCCUAAUCCUAAGCCUAACAUUAACCCUAAAUGUCCCAUGUCCUAAGCUUAGUGAAUGCACUAACUAUAAUGAAAGUGUAAAACUAGUUUUACUUACCUUCCAGGACUUUGUUGUGGCGGACUAGCAGGAGUGCUAGCACGCAUGUGCAGCACAGGAUCCAGCUGAUUCUCCUCACCGGAAGUGACGAGGGUAGGGGAUUUUCACGGGUAGGGAAAUUUGAUAGAACACUGGCGCUACCUGUUAGGCGGACUAGGCAGCCACCAUGAGGGCGCAGCAUGAGGAGAGGGGCUGACAGGAGAGAAGCGCUCAGCGCUCCCUCCUGUCACUCCCUCACUGUAGCGUGGCCGAGCUCUGUAUGGUCCGCGGGUAGAGGGAGCAUCUGUCUCCUGUACCCGGCCGGACUAACACUGAGUGUGCACUUCCUUUUAGUCUGGCCGGGUACAGGAAACAAAAGCUCCCUGUAACCGUGGACCAUACAGAGCUCGGCCACGCUACAACAGAGGUGGGGGUGGAGAAAAUAAAUUGAAGGGGUGGGGGGUAAUGAGAGGGACAAGGGAGGGGGGAGAGAUUGACAUCCAUCACACACACAAGCAAUGCAACCCUUACACACAAUGCAUCCCUUACACACACAGAAACACACAAUGCAUUCCUUACACACACUCAAUGCACCCCUUACAGACACACACACUGCAUCCCGUACAUACACAGAAACACACCUUGCAGCCCUUACACAUACAAACACAGAUUCACACAAUGCAUUCCUUACACACAUAUCAGGACAUCCCCUACACACUGCACCCCCUGUGAACAAACUCAUUGGUGGAACAUGAAGGUGGACCCUGGGACCCAGACCUUGAGCUGUGUAAAUGGCCCCCAAAAAAUGGAGCUGCUUCCCGUUCUCCCAGAACAUUGAUUUUUGUGACCACAUUUACAAACAUCCUCCAGAGAUCCUGUUCUACACCAAACCAGUGUAGCCAGACUGCAGCCAGAGCCCAUCAUCAUCCUCAUCUGGUUAUAAGUAGGCAAUCUAGUGUAUUAUUAGGGACACCAAUCUCUAAUUUACCUCACAUUAUAGGGACACUAUAGUCCCCAGAACCACUGCAGCUUAAUGUAGUGGUUCUGGUGUCUAUAGCCAGGCCUUUUAAUGUAAACACGGCAGCACUGCAGCACUGGCAUUAGUUAACAUGGCAGAUCAUAUGGGUGGGGCAUUGUGAUGUCACAUGGGGUGGGGGGUGGGGGUAGGCAAACUUAACUUUUGCCUAGGGCGGCAAAAAUCCUUGUACCGGCCCUGACUGUCCCCCUCCCAUACGUUCCCCUCUCCCCCACACAUGCAAACAGAUACACACACACAUAUACAGAGACACACACAUACAUAGACCCCCCUGGAAAUACAAAGCAUGGGCCACCAGAUGGGCCCCUUCAAUGCGGCCGUGGCGGUUUCACAGUGUUGGCCUUGGCCACAUUACUUAGCUGGCGGGACCCGUGGUCCCAGUGGUCCGCAGGGCGGCCAGGUGGCCCCCUGGAGUUAAGGGCCCGGUCGCAGCUGCGACCGCGAUAGUUCUGCCACUGUAUGUAGUCUAAUCAACAGUGUUAGAUUAUAUAAGAAUAUAUAUAUUAAUAAGAAAAGAAAAAGUUACCUGCGCUCUCUCCUUAAUCCCUAUGUAUAUUUAGACAAAUGGAGGUCAGUUUAGGACCUGCUUUAGGAGGGUCUGCCUUGACGUUGGCAGGUGGGCAUUCCCUCCAAUGGCCAUUGGAGCAACUAAAUGACCUCCUUUGGUCUAAAUAUACAUAGGGAUUAAGGGGACGCACAGGUAACUUUUUUUCUUUUCUUUGGUUUUUACUAUAUAUUGGGGCUGAUGUGUACUGUAGUCAUUGCUGCCGGCCCAGUAGUGAUGGGAGUGAGCGCAGGACUUAUCUUUUUGUAUUAGUGUUCAUAUUAAUAACAAGCUCUAUUCUUGUGUUUCUUCUUUAGGUUACAAGUUCCAGUAUGGACACACCUUUGGGGACCUUACCCACAAUGCUCUGGGGCAGAAUACUAUGCAGAAACAAAUCGCAGACUAAAAUCCCAAAACAACCUCCAGGCAGUCCAUUGUUGAAAAAUAGUCAGAUUAACAUCCGACACUUCCUGAAGACUAACUGGGCAUUAAUACUGUUGUUUUUUUUGUUGGUUUUUUUAGCACUUUUUUUUUCAGUGACUUACUCACUGAUUGACUUCUUUCAAGUUAAUUAAUUGGGGUUCCAAAUCCCAGUUCUUUGCAUUUUUUUCUUUCAUCCUUACCUGCGUGCAAAAAAAAAAAAAACCCUCUUUAAACAAAACGCAAUUCUCUGCUCCUCUGUGUCUGGAAUACAAAGAGUUAAGAUUGGGGCUGGCUGUAAGGCUGACACCUUGAAUUAUGUGUUCAAUCUGUUUUAGAAUGUGGUUCUUGUGCCUUACACAAUCAGAAUAGAGCUUGAAUUCAAAUCAUGGUCAGAAAAGCCACAGAUUCUAAUAAACUAAAAGCAGACAACAGUUUUCCUACAACAAUAACAGAAAUAGGCAAACGUUUAUGUCUUUAACGGACAACAAUAAUAUUUUUUUAAUAUAAUAAUAAUAAUCAUUUCAUCAAGUUUUGAAAUUAGAUUUUUUUUUUAAAUGCUUUAUAUGUAUAUAAAAAAGAGAAAAACAUACCUACCUUUUAAUAUUUAGUAGAAUUGACAAUUUGUCUCACUGAUCUUUCCUGAUUAACUACUUGGACAGAAGCAGGGAGAUCAUAGAUCUCCAUUGUACAGCGCUACGGAAUUUGUUGGCGCUAUAUAAAUAAUAAAAUAAUAAUAAUAAUAGAGAAUAACUGUUGGUUGUCAAACACUGUCUGACCCAAGGUGUGUAUAUGGCUGAAGGAUCCUGUCAUAUACUAAAAUAAGGAUGACCUUCCCAAACAUUUUUUUUUUACAUGUACUUCCCUUCGUCUAUAAAUUGUUGUACUGCACACUAUUUUAACAUACCUACUGAUAUUUGGAGGUCUGUCAAUGAAAGUCAGCAUCGCCAGAGUGGAAGCACUUUGGUUGACAGAAAUUGCAUCACCAACAUAAUGCAUUGGGCCAAUCAAAAAUAAGCACUGUCGUGCCAAACUUUGAAAGUUAAAGGGACUCUCCAGUGCCAGAAAAACUAGUAGACACCCUUUAGAGGAGGACUUAACCCUGCAAGGUAAUUAUUGCAGUUUAUGAAAACUGCAAUAAUUACACUUGCAGGGUUAAGGGUAGUGGGAGUUGGCACCCAGACCACUUCAAUGGGCAGAAGCGGUCUGGGUGCCUGGAGUGUCCCUUUAGGCUUUAAAAUAAUUAUCAGCAGUUAAUUUAGAUUUAGACGUAAAGUUUAUCCUCCCUGCACCUUUGUCAGCAUAACUAAACCAAAUGACUAGCUAAUUCAGUUUUUUCUAGGACCUUAAGAUUAUGGCUGGCUACCAUAUCAAUGUUAAUCCAGAAUUAACUAUAACCUUUAACCUCUUACACCACAAUGCAUAUCAGCCUUAUGCAAUCAGCCUCGAACUGCCCAGCCCUACCUACCAUAAAAUUAAUGGAGACUUCAAGAUAUAGUACUAAUAAUAAUGUAAAAUAUAUUUAUCCAGGAAAAACAGAUUCAGUUUUACAACAUGUCCUCUUGUUUGGAUGUUGUUGUUACCCAACUCAAUGGUGUUUGUUUUAUUGACAUGGGAAAGAUGAUUAGCUCCGCUGACCCUACCACGAUAAGUAAUUCAGGUGUGAAUAAAGACAGUGACUCCAGAGCUAUUGUGUCUCAUAAGCUAAGUACCAUUAUUAUGCAAAGGUUACCACACUUUACUUGCACCUCUGUAAUCAUUUGUGUGCCAAAGCUUUAUAACAGGGAAAUACUUGAAUUAAAAUUUAUCAAAAGCAAAAUUUAUAAAAUCAAAUCUUUGGUUUGCAAUAAAUGUGUGCUCGCUUUAUGUUACAUAUUUAGGUUGUAUUUCCAUGAUCUGAACACUAGGUGGCUGUGUACAAUAUGUUUCUGAUCGGAAAAUCCUUGUUUUGGAAAGUGC